AUGGCCGAUGCGGUUGUUUCCUUUGUGCUGGAACGGCUCACUGACUCUACCAUUCAGGAAUUGAAAUUCUUGGGUGGAGUGAGAGAUCAGGUGAAGCUUGCAAAAAUCCAGCUACAAUUGAUGCGAGGCUACCUCAAAGAUGCAGAUUCAAGACAAGGAGAAAGUGAAGCAAUACGCAUUUGGGUGGCAAAUAUUAGAGAAGCGGCUUAUGAUCUGGACGACGCCAUCGAAACUUUUGUCUUAAAAGUGGCUUCCAAGAGAAAUGCAAGUCUUUUGAAAAGGUUUGCUUACAUCUGCGUAGGAGGAGUUUAUCUUUACAAAAUUGGCUCAGAAAUCAAGAAAAUUACUACCAAAAUUUCAGAGUUGAGAUCGAGCUUGCCAGGUGACCUAAGGGAGAGUGGAGGUGACACUUCUUUUCAGAGGCAACAAGAACGGAGGAUAGCUUAUCCUCAUAUUAUCGAACCUCAUGUUGUUGGGUUAGCCGGUGGAACGGAGAUAUUGGCUACGCAUUUGAUCAAAGAAAAAGGCCCUCGAGUUGUUUCUAUUUGGGGGAUGGGCGGGUUGGGUAAAACCACUCUUGCAAAACAAGUAUAUCAUCAUGGUAAAGUUAAGCGUCAUUUCGAUUGUUUUGCCUGGGUGUGUAUCUCUCAACAAUGUCAGGGACGGGAGGUUUUGAAAGAAAUUAUGACAAAACUCAUUUCUCCUACCAAUGAGCAAAGACAAGAAAUUGCAGAUCUGGGGAAGGAUCAAAUAGCAGAGAGGCUUUGGAUUACGCAAAGAGAAAGAAAAUGUUUGGUGGUGCUUGAUGACAUUUGGACCCAUGAUGCGUGGAGGUCGUUGGAAGUUGGAUUUCCAAUGACUGAGGAAACUGAGAGUCGAAUUUUACUCACUACUCGCAACAAAGAAGUCGCUUCGUAUGUGGACAAAAAUGGUUUCCUCUUCGAACCACAGCCAUUGAAUGAUGAUGAAAGCUGGGAAUUGUUUGAGAAGAGAGCAAUGUUUGAAACAGAAGAUACAAGUAUGUUCUCACACAAACCUUUUAUCUCUACUUUUCUUGUUUAUCAAUUCAGUAUUAUAGAAAGAGUGCUACUAUUUCCACCCACCUGUCCUAUUUCCCCACCCACCUUAUUUUCAAAAAUUUAA